AAGACCUAAUAAUCACUAGUAAGCAAAUCUAUCUAAGCUUCAUAUCGAUACAAAACGAGUCAUACGUGACAUUGUGACGACGACACGUAAAAAGCAUCCGUCUUGGUUACGAGAAGAAAAACUAAGAGUUGUAAGCUUUUAACAUUUACUAAUAUGUGUAUAACAAAUUUAAAUAGCAACUAUAUAAGUCUAGAAACAUAGGUAGCUAGUAGCACUCAAAACACACAAGUAUUAACUUUAAAGUUAUUACACAUCAAUAUUCUUCUCAUUUUCUUUUCAAAAUUUACCAUCACCGACUAUGAAGAAAUCCUCCGCCGUCACAUCACAACCGUCUCUAUACCUCUUUCUCCUCCUCCUCUUACCGUUGCAAGCUCAAUCCUCAGACGACCUAAUUGACACAGUCUGCAAACAGACGCCGUUCUGCGACCUCUGCGAAGCCUGUCUUCGCCCUCUCACUCCCUCUCCUUCCGAUCCCAAAUCUUUAGCCUCCGCAAUGGCCAACGUUGUCCUCGGAAACAUGACCGAUACCUUAAGUUAUAUCCAAUCUCUGAUCAGACAUUCUAAUGAUCCCGCCGCGGAGCGAGCACUGGCUCAGUGUGCUGAGCUGUACCGACCUGUGGUCCGGUUUAACAUUCCUCAGGCGAUCGAGGCAAUGCAGCGAGGGGAGUUUGGCUUCGCGUUGUAUGUUCUCGGAGACGCCGAGAAACAGACUGAUUCUUGCCAGAAACGGAUCAAUAGUACCAUGGCCGACGAUGAAAGCUCGGUGGCUCUUACGACUAGAAACCAGCUGGUUAAGAAUCUUUGCGACGUGGCCAUUUCUGUGAUUAAAUCUCUAAUGAACAGUAGUUAAGAACUUUGUUUCUUUCGCGAGUGAUAGUUUAUAUGUUUGUAAUUAAUUUAUAUCUACCAAGAAAAUGAUUAUUAAGCACUUUA